AUGGGAGGUGGCCAUGGGGCAGCGACCGGGGGUUGUUCCCUCUUCGGCUUCCGUAGACGAGGUCGGGCGGACCUUCGUCCGGGGUUUCGGUGCCCCCCCUUCCCCUUCCCCGGGGUCUGGGGGUGACAUUGCACCGCGCCCCUCGUGGGGUUGCGUCGCCGCCCCACACGGACUCCCCCCCAGCGCGCUGCUCCCUUUCGCCUCCCUUGGCCGGGGCUCCCUCCCGCCCCCAGCUGCCCAGUCAUGGGGGCUGCUGUGUUUUUCGGGUGCACCUUCGUCGCGUUCGGCCCAGCGUUCGCUCUUUUCCUGAUCACUGUGGCUGGAGACCCGCUUCGGGUUAUCAUCCUGGUCGCGGGAGCCUUUUUCUGGCUGGUCUCCCUGCUCUUGGCCUCUGUGGUCUGGUUCAUCUUGGUCCAUGUGACAGACCGGUCAGAUGCCCGGCUCCAGUAUGGCCUCCUGAUUUUUGGUGCUGCUGUUUCUGUCCUUCUACAGGAAGUGUUCCGCUUUGCCUACUACAAGCUCCUUAAGAAGGCAGAUGAGGGCUUAGCAUCACUGAGUGAGGACGGAAGAUCGCCCAUCUCCAUCCGUCAGAUGGCUUAUGUUUCUGGUCUGUCCUUCGGUAUCAUCAGUGGUGUCUUCUCUGUUAUCAAUAUUUUGGCCGAUGCCCUUGGGCCAGGUGUGGUUGGGAUCCAUGGCGACUCACCCUAUUACUUCCUGACUUCAGCCUUUCUGACAGCAGCCAUUAUCCUGCUCCAUACCUUUUGGGGAGUUGUAUUCUUUGAUGCCUGUGAGAGGAGACGGUACUGGGCUGUGGGCCUGGUAGUCGGGAGUCACCUGCUGACAUCAGGACUGACAUUCCUGAACCCCUGGUAUGAGGCCAGCCUGCUGCCCAUCUACGCAGUCACUGUUUCCAUGGGGCUCUGGGCGUUCAUCACAGCUGGAGGCUCCCUCCGAAGUAUCCAGCGCAGCCUUUCGUGCCGACGGCAGGAGGACAGUCGGGUGAUGGUGUAUUCUGCCCUGCGCAUCCCACCCGAGGACUGAGGGAACAUGGGGGGGACCCCUGGGCCUGGGGUACCCUCCCGAUCUCCUCGUCCUGUAUUUCUCCAUCUCCAGUUCUGGACAGUGCAGGUUGCCAAGAAAAGGGACCUAGGUUAGCUGUGGCCCGGGUGAUGAAGUUACUAGAGGCUCAAGGGAGAUGAGUUUAGGUCUCCAGUAUCUACUGCCCAGACUGGACAUCUUGGUCUUUUUCUCAGGUCUGAAAAGAACCAUUUUUGGUAUGAUAAAGACCCCAGAAAUGCCUUUUUUUUUUAAAGUCGGGGGAGUGAGGAGGUCUAUUGGGAGCCUCCUAACCUCCUUGGGCUGUAUUUUUGCUCCUGAAACUGCUGAUCAUGGCUCAUUUCUAUCCCAUUUCCCCCUUGGUCCCAGGCCCUGGGGAAAAGGAAGGAAGUGCAUGUUUGGGAACUGGUACCACUGGAACUCAUGUUUUAACGUCCGUGACCAUCAGCACCCCUCCUCUCCCCAAGGUGAAGUGGAGGGUAUUGUGGGGUUGGCCCACUCCAUGGCAGUGCCCCUGGAGGAGUCAGGCUACCAUGGCAUCGCAGGCCAAGCGGGCAGACAUUUUUCUAGUUUUUAACUGGGCUGUGGGAGGGCUGGGAGGGUUUCUACCACUGUACCAUUUUUCUGCCGAGGGUGGGAUGUCCCAUCCUUUUAAUCAAGGUGAUUGUGAUUUUGACUAAUAAAAAGGACUUUAUAAUUGUGGGGGAACUUGGCUUUUAAGAGAGGGGAUAAUGGAUUGAGAUUUCCAGCCCUUGGUGGCUUCUGUCCAUCCUCCUGUCUAGCCUGACAACAGUGUUCACUGAUGGCAGCUUAGGUGUGAUAUCAGAGGCACCGGUGGAACUGAGUUGGCUUUCCCAGAAGUAGAGUGCCCCUGUCCAGGAAGAGGGUACAAGGAGUUAAUCCCCCAGUUUUCUUUUUCUCUAUGUCUGUCUCGGCCACCCAGAGGACAGAGGAACUCUCCCACCCUUGAAAGGCACAAAAGACAACCAGAAGUAAGGUUUUCAAACAUAUAUUGAGCAAAAAA